AUGUCCAGUGGGGGUAGGUUUAAUUUUGACGAUGGAGGGUCCUACUGCGGAGGCUGGGAGGACGGCAAGGCGCACGGCCAUGGCGUCUGCACCGGCCCGAAGGGCCAGGGCGAAUACACCGGCUCGUGGAGCCACGGCUUUGAGGUGCUGGGCGUCUACACCUGGCCCAGCGGCAACACGUACCAAGGCACCUGGGCGCAGGGCAAGCGCCACGGCAUCGGCCUGGAGAGCAAGGGGAAGUGGGUGUACAAGGGCGAGUGGACGCACGGAUUUAAGGGGCGCUACGGUGUGCGGGAGUGCACGGGCAACGGGGCCAAAUACGAAGGGACCUGGAGCAACGGACUGCAGGAUGGCUACGGCACGGAGACCUACUCGGAUGGAGGGACGUACCAGGGCCAGUGGGUUGGUGGCAUGCGCCAGGGCUACGGUGUGCGGCAGAGUGUCCCCUACGGCAUGGCCGCAGUCAUCCGCUCACCCCUGAGGACGUCCAUCAACUCCCUGCGCAGCGAGCACACCAACGGUGCAGCGCUGCACCCGGACGCCUCCCCGGCAGUGGCCGGCAGCCCAGCUGUGUCCCGCGGUGGCUUCGUGCUGGUGGCCCACAGUGACUCAGAGAUCCUGAAGAGCAAGAAGAAGGGGCUGUUCCGGCGCUCACUGCUGAGCGGCCUGAAGCUGCGCAAGUCUGAAUCCAAGAGCAGCCUGGCCAGCCAGCGAAGCAAGCAGAGCUCCUUCCGCAGCGAGGCGGGCAUGAGCACUGUGAGCUCCACGGCCAGCGACAUCCACUCCACCAUCAGCCUGGGUGAGGCCGAGGCCGAGCUGGCUGUCAUCGAGGACGACAUCGACGCCACCACCACUGAGACCUAUGUGGGUGAGUGGAAGAACGACAAACGCUCGGGCUUCGGUGUGAGCCAGCGCUCCGACGGGCUCAAGUACGAGGGAGAGUGGGUCAGCAACCGGCGGCAUGGCUACGGGUGCAUGACCUUCCCCGAUGGCACCAAGGAGGAGGGGAAAUACAAGCAGAAUGUGCUCGUGAGUGGCAAGCGGAAGAACCUCAUCCCACUGCGUGCCAGCAAGAUCCGGGAGAAGGUGGACCGGGCCGUGGAGGCAGCCGAGCGGGCAGCCACCAUUGCCAAGCAGAAGGCCGAGAUCGCUGCGUCCAGGACCUCCCACUCACGGGCCAAAGCUGAGGCAGCACUCACGGCCGCUCAAAAAGCCCAGGAGGAAGCGCGGAUCGCCAGGAUCACUGCCAAAGAGUUCUCGCCUUCCUUCCAGCACAGGGAAAACGGGCUUGAGUACCAGAGGCCAAAGCACCAGAUGUCCUGCGAUGACAUCGAGGUGCUCUCCACCGGGACACCCCUGCAGCAGGAGAGCCCUGAGCUAUACCGCAAGGGCACUACCCCUUCUGAUCUGACCCCCGACGACAGCCCCCUGCAGAGCUUUCCCACCAGCCCCACGGCCACCCCUCCGCCAGCUCCUGCCUCCAGGAACAAGAUGGCCCACUUCUCCAGGCAGGUCUCAGUAGAUGAGGAGCGAAGCGGGGACAUCCAGAUGCUCCUUGAGGGCCGCGGAGGGGACUAUGCCCGCAACAGCUGGGACGAGGAGAAGGCUGGGGCCUCUAGGGGUGUCCGCAGCGGUGCCCUGCGCAGCGGCCAGCCCACUGAGGAUUUCCGCACCCGGGGCUCGGGCCACAAGCAGCCUGGGAACCCCAAGCCCCGGGAGCGGCGGACGGAGUCCCCCACCACUUUCUCAUGGACUUCUCACCACCGGGCAGGCAAUCCCUGUUCUGGGGGCCCCAAGCUGUCAGAGCCAGAUGAGGAGCAGCUGAGUAACUACAAGCUGGAGAUGAAGCCCUUGCUAAGGAUGGAUGCCUGUCCGCAGGACACGUACCCCCAGAGACGGCGUCACAGUCGGGGUGCUGGGGGAGACCGGCGCUCUGAGGACCGGGGCUUUGGGCUGCAGAGACUGAGGUCCAAGUCCCAGAAUAAGGAGAACCUCAGGCCAGCCUCCUCUGCAGAGCCCACGGUGCAGAAACUAGAGAGCCUGCGGCUGGGGGACCGGCCCGAGCCCCGUCUGCUGCGUUGGGACUUGACCUUCUCCCCACCCCAGAAGUCCCUGCCUGUUGCACUCGAGUCUGACGAGGAGACUGGGGAUGAGCUCAAGUCCAGUACGGGCUCAGCUCCCAUCUUGGUCGUCAUGGUGAUCCUGCUCAACAUUGGAGUCGCCAUUUUGUUUAUUAACUUUUUCAUCUGA